UUGUUGAAACAGUUUUAAGAAAUUGCGGUGCGAAUUUUACUUCAAGAUUGCAAAAAAAAUGUUUAGGUAAUAUCUGAUGAGCGGCUUCGUUCUAAGGGUUGCUCUAGGAACCAGUAGUAAGUUGCGGAGAACCUCUGUUCGCCAAGCUACAGGUUCAUGAUCAUGUUCAUCUCGCAUUAUCGACGGAGGCGAUGGUCACAAAAUCUUACUCCCAGACUCGCCGCUACCAUUUAACGCCAUGACUUUGGUAUCGCCUAAAACCGUAGCGUUGUGCAUCUCCGUACUCAUCUCUGAAUGUAUGAUAGGUGUGAUAUUCCUAUAGAGAACUGUCAUUUUUGUGAAUUACUCAUCGCCCAGUAAGAAAUAUUAACGCGAUAAGUAUUUAACAGUAUCAACGAAUCUCUCAAGCUUGGGACACGUAAUAUUGGCGGUUGUAAAAAUUAGUCAAAAUGUUUGCAAGCGGUCCGAAUUAUACGAAGUUAAAGACACACUUGAGAUUGGCGAUAAACAGGUUAAAGUUGCUGGAAAAAAAGAAGACGGAAUUGGCACAGAAAGCUAGAAAGGAAAUUGCUGAUUAUAUUGCUGCUGGAAAAGUUGAAAGGGCCAGAAUCAGGGUUGAGCAUAUUAUACGAGAAGACUACAUGGUUGAAGCUAUGGAAUUAUUAGAAAUGUAUUGUGACUUAUUGUUGGCAAGAUUUGGCUUGAUUCAACAAAUGAAAAACUUGGAUGAGGGACUGGCCGAAGCUAUCUCUACGAUAAUAUGGGCUGCACCACGUAUUCAAACCGAUGUACAGGAGAUGAAAGUUAUUUCUGAUAUAUUGAGUUCCAAGUAUGGUAAACAGUAUACAGACGCCUGCAGAGAGGAGGCUGUGCAGUCUAUUUCAGAAAAAUUGAAGCACAAGAUGAGCGUGCAGUCACCUUCGAAAUUACUUGUGGAAAAAUAUCUUAUUGAAAUAGCAAAGAAUUACAAUGUAGAAUACGAACCUGAUCCUCAAGUUAUGGCUGAGGGACAGGAUGCAUUGUUGAUUGAUAUAGGAAAUAGUGGAGGUGAACUACCGAACAAUUUAGACCUAGCUGCAGGUGGUAGCAGUCUUCCACAACCAUUAGGUUUCAUAGGUUAUCCUCAGCCUCCAGUAUUGCCUGAUGGUGGUUCUAAUUUUAAUAUGAUGGGCCCUCAUAAACCAACGAUACCUGCUGCUGGUUUUAUAAAUCCUGAUACCCCUCCUGUCACAGGAAAAGGUCAAAAUAAUGCAUUUAAUCCAGCUGCAUUUUCAUAUAAUAUUCCAUUGGACAAUGCAAAUGUGAAUAAACCUGAAGAUGAUCUGCCUCCUCCGUACGACUCAUUCCCGCCAGAUUUAAACAAGCAGUCCGAUCAAAAACCAAAACCUCAACCAAGGUCCAAGAUGCCAAUGAACGAUUUCCAGCUUCCUGAUUUACCUGCAGUUCCCGUGGAUAAUGAGCCCCCAACUGCACCAGAAAAUGACGACGUAGACUUUGACGACUUAAUGAAGCGUUUUGAAGACUUAAAAAAACGAAAGUAAAAACUGCAAACUGUUACCGCACAACAAAAAAUUAGAAGCCAUUAACGUUAUAAUCCAUAUAUGGAUUCUUAAAAGUAAUGAUCCUUAAGUAUACAAGAUCAAUAGGAAUCUGAUAUAUAUAGUUUUUUUUUCUUUUUAAACACGGUAUAAACAUCUCACAGAAAGAUAUGCUGAGUUAGAGUUAAACUCUUUGUUCCAUCAAUGGAUAAAGUAUAUUACCGAUUUUAUAUUAACUUUAAUGAACUUGAGCCCUUUAAUUAAUUAAUUGGUGCCUUUGUAUAAAGUAUUGUAAAGCGUACGUCGCUAAGAUGUGUUUUAAACUAUAGUAAUGCAAUUACUUUAUUCUGUAUAUAGAGUACGAAUUGGUCCGAGUAUUCUGUUAUUGGGAAAAGCGAACAAUAUUUUGCUUCUAACAUUUGUAAAUUAAUAAAUGAUAAUUGCGCUGA